AUGGCUCCAGCCCGGAUCUUUCGUCUGCUAGUGGAUGACGAUUCCGAAAAAGGUGCGGUAUUUCUCAUUAUUGAACUUACAAUUGCUAAUUCAAGUACGAAUACAGACGAGUCCCGGAAACAAAGUCCCAGAAAGAGGCGCAAGACACCCACGAAACCCAAACAGAAGAAAGAGAAAGAGGAAGAUACGACGAAUUCAAUCGUGACCAUGGUGGUGGGCGUGGAUUUUGGCACGACGUAUUCUGGAUUCGCAACGGUCUUAGAGAAUUGCUCCUUUAGCGAUGUGAAGCUCAAUAACGAUUGGCCGGGCUGUUCGGGCUAUCAGGAGAAAGCGCCGUCAGUUUUGACUUACGACUUGAGCAAGCCUGAAAACCCCAAGGUAAUAGCUUGGGGGUACAUGACCAAAUCCUCUGAGAUCACAUAUACCUGGUUUAAAUUAGGUCUGGCGGAAGGUCAGGUGCCGAGUGAGCACGAUGAUGCGCUUUUAUUUGAGACUCUGGGAUCAAUCAGGUGCCCUCCAGAUAUGACAUUUCGCAAGCUCGUGACAGACUACCUCGCCCAAUUCUACAGACACUUCACCGCAACACUCAAAAAGCAGUCACUAGUUGAUACGUAUAGCAUGCUGAAAUUCCGCUUUGUUCUCGCCGUCCCGGCAGGAUGGCCCGACAGAGACAAACAAUCUAUCAAGGAUUGUGCUGUUGAGGCAGGGUUCGGAAAACGCAAAGAAGACGAACUUUGUAUAAUUGAGGAGCCUGAAGCCGCUGCUAUUACUGCUUUAUACUCUUACGGAGACAGGUUUAAGGGGGCAAACACGCUAAAGAUCGACACGAAUGUUAUGAUCGUCGAUAUGGGAGGCGGCACUGUGGACUUGAUAACGUACACGAUCAAGCAACUGAAACCAUUGAAAGUUGAAGAAGCCUGCGUAGGAUCUGGCGCCAAAUGCGGUUCCAGCACAAUUGACCGACAGUUCUUGAAGUUCAUGCGGCAGCGGUUUGGAACCGAGUUCACCAGCAAGUCGGAGAAAAUAAUUGGGCCCAAGAGCCGUUUCAUGGAAGAGUUUGAAGGCAUCAAACGACGGUUCGACGAGCGGACGGAAACGGAAGGAUUGCGCCUACAAAUGAACUGGGAUAACCAAGAUCAAUACGAUUCAGAAGAUGGCGAAGUCAUCUUAAAGCGGAACGAUAUCGUGGAGAUGUUCAAGCCCGUUAUCGAUGGUGUAACGGGCUUGAUUCAACAGCAAGUUGAAAGCACUGCAGAGGAAAACAGUCUACCGAUCACGGCCAUCAUUCUAUGUGGCGGGCUCGCGGAAUCUGAAUACAUUCGAGCACAGCUCACAGAGUGGUGCGAAAAGAAUACGCCAGAUGCGGAAGUCAUAGUACCAGACGGCCCGUGGUCCUCAAUCUGCAUAGGCGCAGCGAUGAGUGGAGUGAAAUCAACCAGUUUCAUCAAGAGCAAAAAGGCUCGUCGGAGUUACGGCACAGUAACAUACGUGCCGUUCAAUCCGAACGAGCACGACGAGGACAAUGCAGUCACGCUUCCAGGCUUGGGGAAGCGGAUGGAGAAGAUGCAUUGGCAUGUCAAGAGAAAUGACCCGCUGCACGCCAAUGAGAAGUAUCGUUGGUUAAAGAAAGCCUCUAUUCAGGUUGGACGCGACACUAGUUCCAAGGGAAGAAUCGAGCUAUUUGAAAGCGACACGGCCGUCGCGCCAACAUGGAGGUCCGACAGAGGAAUACGGAAACUCGGCGAUCUUUCCAUUGAUCUGUCAGACACGCAAGCUUCACCAGCCAAAAGGAGAAAAUAUAGCAGCAACAGCUGGGUUCCCAAUGUUGAACAAAUCACCCAGAGGCAGAAGAUUGAGGUGGGCCAGGUGAUUCUGCCUCGACAGAACAGCGUCGAGUUCAUAGCUCGUAUUGGCAGAAAGAAAGUCGGCGAAGCGUCCUUUGAGUACACCCCACAGGCAAAUCAAGACGGGUAUGGGCACCGCAGGGGAGGCGAGGACGACGAAGAUGGCAAUCCGGAUUUUUGGCUUCAUCGCCCAUUUGAUUAUUACAACCCCGUGGACUCAUUCGAGGACGAGGACGAGAACAUCGACGAUGACGAUGAUUAG